AUGGAUUCCUGGUUGGCCCUGCAUCCGGCUUUCCUGGGUGCAAGGUCAACCCUGGAACCUGCCAGGCUGAGACGCUUUGGGGAGGGUGAAUCUUGCUCUGAAACGGCCUAUGAGCUCCAGAAGUUCCAGCAGAAGGCUCUGAAACAAACUAAGCAGAAGAAAUCCAAGUCGGCUGAAUUUCUGAUGGGAAAAGACGAGAGAGUUGCAACAGAAGGGAUUGCAAAUCCAGCUUUUAAUAUCAGCAGCACAGAUCUUUCAGCAUAUCAUACUUCAGAGGAGGAAGUUAUUAGACCUGACAAGCUGGAUAGCACCCUUGCAGCUCACCAACAAAAACUCAGGCUGCAAACCCGGGCUGAACCAAGAGGAAAUGAAUGCAGCAGAAAUUACUUUGACCCUCUGAUGGAUGAGGAAAUAAACCCAAGGCAGUGUGGGAUGGAGGUCACCAAAGAAGUACCAAUCAAGUUGGAUGAGAGACUCUUCUAUGAUAAACUGAUGACAUUUCUAGAUGAAGAGAACAGAAUGUCGGAAUCACACGAAACACAUGUUGAAGAGAAACGUGAUGAAGCUGCCCUGCAUUCUGCGUGGGCCGUCAGCUGUAACAAAACUUGUGAUCUUGGUGAGGAGAAUGAGGAUGAAGAAACUCUCCCUUACAUUAAGCAAUUUGACAAGGAUGUUCAAGAUGAGAUUAUUCUUCUUGGCAACGUCUCCUUGGAACAGAUUGACUGGUCUAAAAAGCCUCAACCCAUUCAGAUUCAACUGAAAUGCUUACGAGGUCUCAAAGACAAAGUGCCACAAGGGAGCUACAUCCUCAAGGUUUCCCUCCGCGGACAACUUGGUGGUAAACGGCUUUGUUGGUCCAAAGUGGAGGGUCAGCAGUGGGCUGGAACCUUGCUACCAGUCAGACAUAAUGGGAACUUCUAUGAUGUGGAGAUCUCUUUUGACCAGAGCAUCCACACGUAUUUCCAGGCAGAUGAAGCUAUGGAGAAGUUUAAAUCAAAUGCGAAGGAUCAAACGGAGCCCCACAGAAAAGGCGAGAUUCGAGAUUCGGUGUCGGUGGCCUCCGCUCGACAACCUGUUAGACCCUUGGAGCUCCAGGGUUUAAUCCCCGGGCAGCCCUCACCAAGACAUACUCCAAGGCGUGAAUGGGACAGAGUAUCUCAGUACUCUGAUCCCCAAUCCAGAUACGGCUACUACCAGUGGGAUCGUUACCGACCACAGCAGUUUUUUCAAGGUGGCCAGGAGCAUUACCAGCCUGAGGGCUAUUAUGCACAUCCUCCUCCAACAUCGAGGGUAUGCCAGUUGCCCUUGCCUCCUCCUUCCGAGCAUCAAGUCUCCACGGUGUCGACCCCUCGACACCAUGAGCAACAUGUGAUACCGAUCGCUGCAUCGACUGCACUACCUACACAGGAAGAACGUUUAGAUUUGCAGGUGGUGACGCUGUCCUCGCCAGAAGGGAACUAUCCAUCUGACUCCGAGUCGGCUCACUCUUUGGUUCCAACCGCACCUUCGCCGGACGAUGCAGUCGAUGAUGCUGACCCUUCUUCUCCGUCUGAUGAUAUGGUCCGGUUCUCAGACCAUAUGCUCAGAAUGGCUAACGCAUUAGGUCUCGACAUUCAGCAGGCAGAUGAAUCCGUCAUCGAUCCUAUUUAUGAUGUGUUCCAAACAACUACAAAUCAACGCUUGGCCAUUCCUAUACCCCACGCUCUAAAACAAGCGGCUCAGUUGUCAUGGAAGACUCCAGCAGUGGCUCAAACAACAUCAAAAAGACUAGAGACACUAUAUCGCGUUAGGGAGGAUGAGGCACAAUUCUUGGUGAAUCAGAAUGAUCCAAGGAAUGCAAAUGGCCACAGAAGUCCUGGAAUCAAGCUAGAUGCUGACGAAGCGGCAUCGCGUAGUACUUCUUAUCUGGAAGAGUUAGAGAAACACAAAUUCUCUGUUCGCUGCCAUCCUGCUGUUGAACCAAACGUGUCCACCAGUGUCACCAAGCACUUCUAUUUUGGUGUGUCCGCUGUCCUUUCUGAACUUGGAAGGGGCCGCUGGUAUUCCUGGGACUUCUGGUUCAUUGUGCUGCUGCUAGCUCUGCUCUGGUUUGUCCGCAUGUACCUGCAUUAUUGCAGUCAGUGGGUCUUACUUCAAGCUGUUGCAGUCCCUGUCACAAAAUUCCAGUUCUACCUUCACACGGUGGAUUUGUGCUAUCAGAACACGUUGGUACAUGCCAGUGAAGAGUUGGCCAUGAUUGCAGUGGGACCUUUGACCUUGAACAUUGUCAUGCUUCUUCUGGUUCUGGUGAGAUGGGGCUGUCAGCUGUUGUUUGGCUCAUUCCCUUCUUACUUGUCAAAGCUGAUCAUGGCUUGGGGACUUUGGACAGUGCUGGACCCUUUGGCGGUGUUUGUUGUGGAUGCAUUCCUGGGGCGACUUCACUAUACUGCAGACAAACCCAUUGCUGACUCUGCCAAGCUCUACUGGCUUUUUUUAAGAACAGAAGAAUCCGGCAUUCCUGGUGCAUUGAUAACCAUGCUGCUUUACACAGUCCUGUUUAUCGUCUCAUCUGCAAUGUUGUACCUGUAUUUAGUGAGGAUUCACAAUGAAGGCUGGUUAUUAGAUAUGCUCCAAAGAAUUCAGAAUGAUGAGGCCACUUUCUUUGUUCCAUUUGACCUGGAAAUAUCUAAUCAAGAGUUGAGCUACAUUGUGAAAAAAGCAGAACAAUGGAGAGGAAUCAGUGGUGAAAGACGAAAAGUGGUUGUCUAUGACUAUCUCUGGAAAGAACAUGUAAAGGAGCCUGAUAUCUCCAGCAGUGACUUCCGUCAUCAAGGUGACAUCUUCAAAUCUGUAGGACAUUUGGGAGGCAUCACUGUUCAUGUUGUUAUAUACACGCUUCAUCUUGGGGGCUUUCAAAAACUGUACAGGCAUUUCCUUAGGCUGCCCAGCGGUGCUAUUGUUGAGGCAUUUGGUGACAUUAGUGGAAUAAAUUUUGCAAAUGACGAAGUGAGCACGGUCAUUCAGGAGCACGUAAGUGAAAUGGAUCAUACACGAGGAGCCUCUUCAGAGAUCAAGCUCCGGGAAAGAAAAAAGAAUACAGAGAAGUGGGAAGGUGAUCGAGUAGUCUCCAGUAAGAGCUAA